AUGAUCAGUGAGUUAGAAGAUCUCGAAAGGGACAUUGCCUGUGGGCUCGAACAGGUUGCUAAAGGUCUGCAAGAACGAUACGUGGAGUUUCAACCUCUUCUAAAAGUUGCUGAAGACGACAUAGUUAUGAAAUUAGAAGAUUUAUCGAAUGCCGUCAAUGAGAAGCUGCAACUUGCGGACAGCUUCCUACGCGAAAACAGUAUGGACUCGUCCGCAGAGCAGAAGUCACGCAUGACUUUGACCGCUCAAGAUCGGCUUCUGCGCAAGAAACUAUCCGACUUGUCAGAUUGCCGUCAGUUGCUGGACAAAGUCCAGAAUAUCGAAGGUCUACUGAUUUCAUGCCGUUCAAAUUCGCUCAGUAAAAUUCAUGAAGCCCGUAAUUUGCUAGAAUGUGAAGCGCUUCUCAACGAUAUCACGCAGGACGAUGGAUGGCCAGUUUUGACUGGUCGUGUACGUGAUAUGCUUCGUGACGAAGUUUCGUUUAUGAUGAAAUCGCUCGUAUAUGUUUUGACCUGCAGUUUUGAUGAAUUCGUUUCCUACCCAUCAACCGAUGUGAAAGGAACUGUGCACAUGCACAUUCGAAACAACGACUCGAACGACGUAUCUGAGAUGUUAGCUGCUUUGAGCUUGUUGGGAGAACUCGACAAACGACUGAAAAAAUGGGCUACUUACAUCGUGAAGAACUUCGUUCAGCCUAUUGUCGACAGCGGAAAUGGUGUGGAUCCGUACGAAAGAUUCAAUAUUUCCCAGUGUGUUGCCGCUUCAAUUCCGGUGCAGGAUUCUGAUGGUUCCAAGUUGAAUCAUGCUAUGGAAAUUGCCGAGCAGUUCAGGAAGGAUAUGAUUGAGUUGGGUUUCUUCAACGAUGCGACGCCUACGUUCCAAGCAUUUUCCGAGCAGCACUUCACAGUGUUUAUUGAUCGAAGAUGUUUGGAGGUCAUCAAAAGGGCGAAAGAAUUGAUUUGCAUGCCGUAUUUGGAGUUAGCUGAGGUAGGCAGUGGUGAAGAAGUCAGCGAAGAGACCAUUCUCCAAUACAAGGAGGCGUUUGGUAAAAUGAUGCCGAAAUCGGUUACCACAAGUGACAGUUUGUAUCCGCUGCUACUACAGCUCCCGCGUUGUAAAGUCAGCCAGUCCACGGUCGAUCUGAUGGAGCUUCUUUUUUCCACGUUGAAUGAUGCGGUCACUACUGACAACGAGAAAUUGAGUGCUCGCCUCACGUUGACUGCGCGUAAUGUGGUCCAGUUGUUUGAGUUAACAGCCCCGCGACAUCAUGGAACAGCGAUUUCAUCGAUGCCACAAAUGGCUGCAAUAUUCUAUAACAAUUGCUACUACAUUUGCCACCGUCUGAUGUUGAUGCCGUUCAGCGUUUUAAAAGGAGUUAACAAACAGUCUGAAAAGUAUGCCAAUUUCCGUCCGAUUCUGACAGAUUCACUCUGGAAACUACGAGAAAUAGCAGCUGAUAUGUUGGAGCAGACGAUUCGACAAUGUCGACGGGACAUCAGUGUGAUGUUGGCAAAAGAUGAUUUGUUUGUAAAAAUCGACGACCUCGAACGCUGUGAUGAGACAAAAGACGUCCUUAACGCGUGCCUCAAACAUGUACAGAACAUAUCUCACCUUCUCAAGGGCAUUUUGGCUGAGAUGGUUUACUCACAAACGAUGGCCAAUAUUGUCUCAUUUCUUCUGGACAGCAUUUGCGAUGUGAUCCUUCGAAUGGAAGACAUACGGUCGGUGGACGCGGAUAUCUCGGCCGAUAUGGUCGACACAUUAUUGACAGAACUGGCACCAAUUUUCAGAAUCAAUGGCCGCUCAGCGAUUCACGAGGUCUGUUCCACGUCGUACUUCCGUACAAAAGAGAUUAUUUUUUGUCUGAAAGGGAGUCUUCAGAGCAUCGAUGACCGUUGGUGUAGCGCUAAAGGCCCGUUGGCCCAGUGGCUUCAACCUGGAGAAGUUCGAUCACUUAUCAAGGCACUUUUUAUGAAUACGGAACAACGACGCCAAUUGCUGGACUCGAUCUUUUGA